AUGCCUUUCCUCUCGUCGCUGUUCGAGCGCGCGUCGCCCACGGGAUCUUUCAAUGGAAACCCGCCCGACCAUCUGCCGGCUGAAAAUGGGUUGCAUAUAUGGCGUGCUGCGGUCAUCAUGCCGUUUUUCACAUUUGGCUUUGUUGCUUUGAGGUUUUAUACCCGGACUUAUUUGCUGAGGGCUAGGAAGUAUACCAUUGACGACUAUAUCGUGGCGCUGAGCAUGCUCGUCUGCAUCGCGCACGCCGUAUUGAUGGCCAUUGCGACGUAUAACGGCAUGGGCUUGCACGUGUGGCAGUACAACAAGGAGCUCAACGCGCGGUAUUAUCUCUGGAUCGGGAUCACGUCCGAAUUCUACGUCUUGGGCUUGAUGGGCUUCAAGAGCGCGCUCAUCCUGCUGUACCUCCAGCUGUUCGGCGUGUACGCCAGGUUCAGGUGGGCGUGCUACAGCACCCUGUUCUUCUGCAUGGGAUAUCUGCUCUGCAACCUCACGACCGAGUUUUUUGGCUGUCAUCCCAUCAGGAAGAAGUGGGAGCCCGGUUUGCCGGGGCAUUGCAUUAAUAGUAUCGCGACGGCUACGUUUUAUGGCGCUUGCAAUAUGGCGAGUGAUUUGGUUAUCGCUAUCUUGCCCCUUACGAUGAUAUGGAAGUUACAAGUAGCGUCGAAGCUGCAGAAGGUCGGGCUGAGUCUUGUCCUGAGUAGCGGGUUUGCUGCUUGGGCAGUAGCUGUCGCUCGAUGGGGUAUUGCUACGUAUGACUUGGUCGGAACCGAUGAUAGAACGUGGUGGGCCGGCGUCAGCUUCACCUUGAGUAUACUCGAGAUCAACACGGGCCUCAUCUGCGCUUGCGUUGCUACACUAGGGCCUCUUUGGAAACUGGCAUAUGCGCAAGUUAAGGGCUGGACUGGCUGGUCUAAGCCCUGCAGCAGCAAAGAAGAAACUUGGCCGUCCUUCGUGCGGAAACCUGCCCACAGCCAAUUCUCCGAAGAAACUAGGAGGCCGAGCGAGGCUACAAUCGGCGGACACGGACUCCCUGCUGGCCGGGCGAGUCGUUUGGUAACGUACAAUGGGUCGACGCUGACCUCUACUUACGAAGACGAGUAUGGCCUGUUGGACGCUUCGGGCUGGCAUCCCCAUGCUCCUCCUAGAGACGUAAUUAUUUUCAUGAUGCUGUUGGGAUUGCCAUUUGCGGUCUUUGCCGUUGGAGCUGUAGCGGUUCCGUCUCCGCAGACCCUAGACUCGAGUCUCACGUUGCUGAUCGACAAUGAUCUACAAGGGGCGAGUAGCCCUGUAGCCAACUCCGGGGUUUUACUACUAGAAGCUCGGUCGUUAGAGGACGCUAGCAAGACAUGCGAGGCGGUGGGCGAACAGCUCUGGUCGCUUGAGUCGGGAACGAAAAGCAUUCAAGCCAACUUGAAUUAUCUCAAAUAUGCAGAUUCGGAUUUGGGUCUUUCGCAAUUCUGGGUUGCGUCUGGGAAUCAGUCGGCUCGAGCUAUAGACAUAGAUGGACGCAUAGUUCAUGCAGAACCAGAGGCCAAGCUCCCGGUUUUAUGCUCCCAGUCAGCACCAUUUUCCAACGUGACGGCUCAGGAUACGGGCGAGAGAUGGCAAGUCACUGUGAAAUCCAACAAUGAAUCUCUUACGGGGUACCGUGACCGCUUGAGUUUUCGCUUCUUAGGCGUUCGAUAUGCACCGCAACCAAAGCGGUUCACAUAUUCUGAGCCUUACAUCGGCAAUGGGAGCGAGGUUUCUGCAUUGGAGUAUGACUCUCAGUGCGUUCAGGCAGGGAACAUCGGGUCUGAAGAUUGCUUGUUUCUGAAUAUUUGGACCACUCACAUUCCGGCCAAGCCUACUACUAAAAGUCUGAAGCCAGUCAUGUUUUGGAUACACGGAGGUGCGUUCAUAAACGGGGCAGCAAGCGAUCCUACGUUCGACGGAGGCAAUCUAGCGUCAAGGGGCGAUGUCGUCGUGGUUACUGUCAACUAUCGGUUGACUACCCUCGGAUUCCUAGCCUUGAAUGACGGUGUCACUAAUGGUAACUUCGGCCUUGCUGACCAGAUUAACGCCCUUGAGUGGGUAAGGAGGAAUAUCAAGGACUUCGGUGGUGACCCUGAUAGGAUCACCAUAUUUGGACAGUCCGCCGGCGCGGGGAGUGUCCACGCCCUGAUAGCCUCCCCGAAGUCGAUCGGCAAGUUUGCAGGGGCUAUACCCGUCAGCAAUCUUGCUAGUAAAGAUCCCAGCACGGGUUAUACGAAAUAUUAUACGAUCGAGGAGGAAGUCAAGGCACUAGGAAAUACCAUCUUAGAAGAAACUAGUUGUGCGAAUGUUACGUCUCAAGUAGACUGCCUGCGAUCUAUAUCCCCUCAUACUCUUGCGGGGGGCCUAAGCACUUAUGCUAGGUUCCCGGUUGUUGACGGGACAUAUCUCACGUCCGACAAACUUCAACUCGAAGGGCCCACGCUCCCGGUUCGUAUCAUGAUGGGAACCACUCGCGACGACGGCGGUCCAUUUAUCAGUUACCCUACGACGACGAACCAGACAGAGUAUCUAACAUCACAAGGCUACGACGUGCCACCACCAGACCUCUUCCCAAUUCCUAAUAUAGAGAACAAGACUUUAGCUCUGUUCAACAUGGCAACCCGUCUUGUUACAGACAGUAUUUUCCGAUGCGGUGACCAAGCUACAGUGUUUAACGGUCUCCGGAAUAACCGGUUCCACCCCGUCUAUUUCUACGAGUUCAACAGGACCUACCAGCUUUCCGACUGGCCAAAGCUCGACGCCUGCGAGCCGCCCAAGACAGCCUCCCACCCCCAUGGCGAUCCUCACAGCGAGUAUCUCAAAUGCCAUUCAGGCGAGCUAUACUACAUCUUCGGCAACCUAGCCCGACAAGGCCUACCCAUGCGGGACGAAUUCGACCUGUCAUUUGAGCAAUUCGUCCUAGACUCUUUCAGUUCGUUCGCAAGAUCGUUCGACCCCAACCCCGACGUCGAGUUUCUCAAGGCCAGGGGCUUCCGCAGCACAUUAGCGGAAAUCGAACGCUCGGGGAGGUGGCAGCCCUCCACCUCGGAAGGGCAAAUGACAAGACGGAUCUUGCAAUGGCCCGGCGUUCAGGGGCCGUUUACGGAGGCGGAGCAAUGCGAGUAUAUAGUAGAGGUCUUUAACAAAUGCCAAAAGGUCGUGUUGGUACGGCCUAGCGUAUACUUCCACGCCCCUCCUAAGAACUACUUUCUCUAUAUCCUUAAGUCAUACAAGGACGAGACAUUGGCCAUAGCUUCGACUCAGACUUGGAAUACCUUCUUGUCAAGGACGUCGGUAUCUAGCCUCAGCUCUGCAGCGUUCUCAAAUCCUAGCCAAGCUGGUCAGGUUAAUGGCUUUGAUGACAUCCUUGACACUGUUAAAACGCUUUCUCUACGCCGUAUUCCAUAUGAGGAGAUUGAACGCCAGGAUGUCGUUGGCGAAGGAGAAACCUUCGUCGUUGAGCGCUGUGUCGUGCGGAAUCAGAUUCAAGCGAUAAAGCAUUUAAGAACUAACCUGUCACCCGAUGAUAGCAUAUUUCGGCGCCGUAUUCGAUCGCUCAUCCUUGAGCUUCGUAUUAUGCGACACAAGCCUCUCCGAGGCCAUCCUAAUAUCCUCACAGUGCUUGGUUACGGUUGGAACGUGAGCGUAUCCAGGGUUGCGCCGUAUCUACUUGUUCAAUAUGCGCCUUACGGUACGCUUCGUCAAUACUUACAACAUACCAAGUCCGAAACAUCACUGGCACAAAAGGAGAUCCUGAUAGGCGAUGUUGCAGCAGCGACAAGCGCUCUCCACCUCUGCGGUAUUAUUCACGGGGAUAUAAAGCUGGAUAACGUACUCGUGUUUCACUCGUGGGACCGCCCAGCUAAAUCCAUAGCUAAGAUUUCAGACUUUGGCCAUUCCUUAGUUGUCACUGGGAACGAAGAUCCCGAACGAUACCUGAAGUAUGGGGGCACGUUCAUAUAUAAUGCUCCUGAAGUUCAUAAUCAAAAGAGUUGUCCAAUAGAUCGAGCCGCGCUUAUCAAGUGUGACAUUUGGGCAUUUGGAAUUCUAGCAUGGGAAGUAUUCCUCGACGGCGAUGAAUAUACGAACUACAUCGCGAAGGUCGAAUUGCCAGCUGUCGAGGAUGGGAAUGAACCUAUUAUAACGAUUCCGCAUCGAUUCCUAGAUCUAGCGAAGGCAUCGAUACCUUUUUCAAAAUUAAACUUACAAGGCAGCGUCAUCCGCUCAGCGUUUAAUAUGACCCUUCAAGUAGAUCCAACGAAACGCAUUUCUAAUCUUACGAAACUCCCGUUUUUGUCGAAGUGGCAUUCUGUUGGUGUUCAGGGGCUGCAAGCUGAUUUGGCGCUUCAUUUUGGCAGUUCUGAAUGGUCCUAUGAAAUGUUCCGUCCUGAGAAUGGUAGAGAGAUCCUAUGGGAACAUGAGGUGCAUAUAUAUCAAGGAUUACGUCGAACCUACAACAGCUCGCAUAGUCAGAACGGUGAUGCUGCCUGGCAACUUGCAUUAUGCCAGUAUCUUGGCUUUGGAGACUCUCCUAAUCUCGAAGCAGCUCAUCAAUUAGCUUUGGCUGCCGAGAGACUUGGACAUGCAGUUGCGACAACCUUCGCACCUCUUCUAGCACCACAUGGCCCUCCUGAAUCUUACCUUACCGAAAAGACUUAUGCUGAACGGAUAGUAGAUUUGCUUCAGCAGAACAAUGCUACAACUCCAUAUUCGCAAUUAGUCGAAGCGUGUUGUAAAGGAGAUACCGAAACUAUCCUUUACUGGCUAGAGGUAAUAGUGGCAUCCGACGAGACUACUGAUGGUAAAUGCGAUAUUCUACGAUUCCUAUUUGCGCUCGAAAAUAAUCCCCAACAAUUAGAGAUCCUAGAACGCCUGAGCUGGGAUGGAGAAGAGUUACCGCUAGACCAGCCGACCAAGUCGGUAUAUAUCGUCCAUAACCAAUAUCCGCUACGAUUAUUCGGAAGUCCGCUGGUAUUUGCAAUAUCAGUCGGCAGUAUUGAGACUGUUCGUCGGUUGAUCUCACUUGGCGCAAAUCCUUGCUCGAGAGCAUUCGCUCCGGAUCAAUUCCCCGAAGCAGACCAUCGCUCAAAAUGGACGCCUAUACACGUAGCCGUACAAUACCACUGCCCUGAAAUUCUAUCGGACCUCCUUAAAAUUGCGUCAGCCGCCGGUUAUAAGAGCGAAGUACCGUAUAGCUGUGCACUGAGCUACUCGUCUUCCCUUGAACGUACCGCAAUGCAUGGUAAUAAUCGUUAUAAAUCGUUAGAAACAACAAUUUCAAUUCUAAAGGAGUCUGAUGAUCUGCUCGGCACGACACCGAACGGAAUGACAGCUCUAAUGCAGGCGAUAGAUUUCCAGGAUGUAGAUGUGAUUUAUGCCCUUUGUAUGGCUGAGAAAAGAAUAGCUACCUCACCCUUUCGUGACCCUCGAAAUUCGAUCAACUUCACUUACCCAAUUCACUUCGCAGCUCAGCUAGGAUCUCGGCGUGACGUUCCUGAGGUAUUGCGAAUUAUAGAGAUCAUCGCAAAAGACAUGGACUUCAACAAACCCCUAUACGAUAACUUCGGGCGCACACCUCUUCAUUUGGCAGUGACCGGUCCCUCCAAACUAGUAGCCUCGUGGUUCUUGGAUAAGAAUGUUGGUUUACUAAAUAUGGAGGAUAACUUUGGCAUGACUGCUCUUCAUUACUGUGGUUCAGCCGCUAAUGCCAACCUACUCCUCUCUAAAGGAGCAGACGUUAACUACACCAAUAAAUAUGGAAUGGCACCCUUACACUGGGCUUGCUAUCACGGUAAUCUGGAUAUUGUCCAGUGUCUUCUCGAAAAUAACCCGUUACUCAACCUAAAGAAUAACUCCUACGGCACCCCUUUACAUUGUGCUAUCAUUCGGGGUUCAUUAGACGUUACAAUUGUACUGCUCGAAGCCGGAGCCCCUGUCAACGAGGUGGAUAAGUUUGGAGUGGCGCCGCUACAUCUAGCUUCGUCCUUAUGUCGCUACAAUAUCAUUCGAAGCCUCAUGCAGCACGGGGCAGAUAUUAAUUUGCUAGAUCCAAAAGGUCGCACAGCAGGUACAAUAGCCAAGGAAUUAGGGACAAUGGCGGGUAUCAUCGCGUCUGAUAUUCUAGAUGAUGACAGUACUGUACCGAUUGAAGCCUUGUAUGCCCGACGUCUAGAUACCGGCUUCGAAGACACCAUCCUCACCGAAUCCCAGGCUACGACAACAAACCCGACGCUUGGGAAUAAUACUAAUGAACUAGAGGCAGCAGUUGGUGGAUUCGAACCCCCCGACUAUGCCAGACUCUUCGAGAUCAACGCCAAGCAGAGCACUUUCAACGAAGAGGAUGAAGAUGAGCCUGAACUCCAAGAACCGGAAAGGAAGCCCGCAGAACUCAUCUACCAUCUUGUUGCAGAAUAUUCCUGUCCCGCUAGCGAUGCUAGACAUAUCGUACAUAAGAUCAUACCAGUUCUAGAAAUUACUACGCAUAUCAACUUUAAGGAGAUAAGCAAGUAUAUCAACGUCGAAACACCUUGGUUAACUAUAUCAGAAGAGGGAAGUUCCUUUGAAAAGAUAGUUGGAGACAAAAGAUCAAAGGUGCUGGUGUCUUUAAAAGGGGCUGUAGAUGUUGCACGGGCUCUAUGUCAUGUCCAGGAACCCGCAGAUGCUUUUACGAAACUAUACAAUACCGUUGAGGAAAGGCACAAGUUCGACGACUCCGUAACCUGGUAUACAUACGACCGAUCCAUGGCGAUUAGUUUAGAGCUAGCGAGACCUAUCUGGGACGUAUGGAAGUUAGACGGCCCCAAAGUGGACUCACUAAUAGCCAUCGCCAGAAUGGCUAAUAAAAUCGACCUUGAAGAAACUUGGGUUCACAGCCCUUAUUGUCCCUAUUACGCACCUCCGGAUUACGUAUCACGGGAAGGGACACCGUUGCCGCAAAAUGAGGAUGAAGAGGGGAUACUGUUAUUAUUACCACGGCGAGAAGAAGGCGAAGAGGAGACCUCGUUAUCGGAUAACCAGGAUGAAGAAGGGGAUGAAGAGAUAUUACUGCGAGAAGAGGAGACGGGGAGUGGAAAAGUAAUUGUAAAAGUAUAA